CAGUCUCGCCGGGGGCGGGGGAGGGACGAGCCUCGGUUUCUGGCCGGGCUUUUUAAGGAACAGGACCAGCAUGGCCGCCCCCAGAGUCCGGGGCCUGAAGCAGUGCUGGUCGUCUCCCUGAUGGAGUUCCCUGCUUAGCAGGCGCGCCGGGGCAGCCCCCAGCCCAGCCCAGGCCAGGCCCAGCCUCCGCCCCCUGUUCUCUUUCUUACGCGGCGGCGGUAGCAGCGGCGUCGCGCGCCGUCAUGUUCGCUAAGGCCUUUCGGGUUAAGUCUAACACAGCAGUCAAGGGCUCGGACAGGAGGAAGCUUCGGACUGAUGUGGCUGCUGCUUUCCCUGCCUUUGGACCAGAACAGCUCUCUGAGCUGGUGCCUGGGAAGGAGGAGCUCAAUGCUGUAAAGCUCUAUGCUCACAAAGGAGAUGCUGUCACUGUGUAUAUGAAUGGUAGCAACCCCAUUUUGUUUGAGCUCAGGGGGACUCUGUAUCCCACAGUGUACACGUUAUGGUCUUACCCUAAUCUUCUGCCGGCCUUCACAACAUGGCCUCCUGUGCUGGAGAAGCUGGUUGGGGGUGCAGAUUUGAUGCUGCCUGGGCUCACGGUGCCACCUGGCGGUCUGCCUCAGGUACAGCAGGGUGACCUCUGUGCCAUCACCUUGGUUGGGAACAGGGCUCCUGUUGCAAUUGGAGUAGCCAUUAUGUCUACAGCUGAGAUGCUGGCCUCUGGACUGAAGGGGAGAGGUUUUACAGUGCUCCAUACUUACCUUGACCACUUGUGGCAAUUUGGGGACAAAUCAUCUCCACCCUCCAUUGCCCCAUUGGACCAGGAUCCUUCCAAGUGUGUGGGCAGCCCCAAAGAGGAGGGGCCAGUUCAGGUAGAUUCUAUUCUUCAGAACAAUCUGGAACACCUCACUCUGCAAGGAGACGAGGAGAGCAGAGAGGUUCGCCCAAUGUCCUCAUCAGAGGCUGCGGAGGAGCUGGGGGAAACAGAGAUGGACCAGGACUCAACUGAUACCAAGACUUUGCAAGAGCAAAUGGAUGAGCUGCUGUUGAGAUGUUUCUUCCAUGCGCUGAAGUGCCGGGUCACAAAGGCUGACCUCCCUUUACUCACCAGCACUUUCCUGGGUAGCCACAUGUUUUCCUGCUGCCCUGAAGGCCAACAGUUGGAUGUAAAGAAGUCAAGCUAUAAAAAGCUCUCCAAAUUUCUGCACCACAUGGUGAAGGAAGAGAUUGUGCAGGUGAAGGAGUUGAGCAAAGGUGUAGAGAGCAUUGUGGCUGUGAACUGGAAACACCCCAGCAUUACAUCUUUCGUUGUGCCUGAGUCCUCCCCAGCUGCCCAGAGUGUCCAAGAGGAUACCAAGGAAAAGCCUUAUCGUGCACCGGAUAUCAAAUCCCUUUAUUGUAUCCCAGCCAAUAUGACUUCUCUCUUCCAGGCGUCUGGCCACAAGAAGGGGAAUACCCUCUCAGGCAAUGAAGUCCGUGAGAUCAUUAUUGACUAUGCAAAGAAAAACAACUUGGUUGAUGCAAACAACAAAAAUCUUGUGAAGCUCGAUCCUAUCUUGUGUGACUGCAUCUUGGAAAAAGAUGAACAAUACACAAUAUUGAUGCUUCCAUGGGAUAAACUCAUUGAAAGGUGCCUGGAGAGAUUGAAACCUGCCUAUGAAGUGACGUUUUAUGGCCAAGAGCCUAUUGUGAAGAAAGGAAAAGUCUGUCCAAUUGAAAUCACCUUAGCACACAGAACGUACAAUAAAAAGGUGACCUUAAUCCAGAACCUGGAGGUUUUUGGUCUUGACCCGUAUUCUGUGGCUUCCAUUCUCCAGCAACGGUGUCAGGCCAGUGCUACCAUCACCCCUGUCCCUGGGAGUAAAGAUGCCAUUCAGGUCCAAAUCCAAGGGAAUCAGAUCAAUCAUCUAAGUCGGCUCUUGCUUGAAGAAUAUGACAUCCCUCGAAAAUAUAUCCACGGUUUGGAAAAGGCCCCUAAAGCUGGCAAGAAGAAGUGAUAAUUCUAGUGUCAAAUUCACAUUUCUUGGAAAUCUAAAUCUCUGAGCUGGUAAUUUUCGUGACUUUUAAAAGUGACAUUUCUGAAAGGAUGAAAUGUAAUUCUUUACCAAAAUAAAUUUUUAUUCUCAA